AUCUACGGCGGAAGCGCUCCGGUUUGCUUCCGGUUUAACGUCGCACGCGUACCUUCCGCGGUUUUGUGAAACGAAGAGCCUGCGACCGUCCGUCUGCUGGGUUUUGUAGAGAAAUAAGAGAAAAUGAGCAAAGCGCAUCCACCCGAGCUGAAGAAGUUUAUGGACAAGAAGCUGUCGUUGAAGCUGAAUGGAGGCAGACACGUGCAGGGCAUCCUGCGAGGGUUCGACCCCUUUAUGAACCUGGUGAUGGACGACUGUCUGGAGAUGGGCCCAGGGGGGCAGCAGAACGGCAUCGGCAUGGUGGUCAUCAGAGGAAACAGUAUUAUCAUGUUGGAAGCCUUGGAGAGAGUAUGAGAGAGAACGUGAGGCGGCUCCUGAUGGAGAGGAAAUCAUCGACUCCUUUUUACUUUCUUGUAAUGUCGUUUUGUAGCUAUUUUCUGUUUGAAAGAGACCAAGAUAAUGUGUUUUGUUUGAACUGUAAGACAUCUAUCUGAUAUGCAUUGACAGGCAUAUUUUGUUUGGAAAUGUUUUGGAUUGUGUAAUCUUGUGAAUAAACUUGGAUAUGUUUUUCCUUA